AUGCUCGCCAUCUCGACGGCCGCAUGCUCGUCUCUGCUGCUCCCGUGCAGCCGCGCUCACGUCGCCAGUGCUAGACGGCGCGGGCUCGACGCGCCACUCUUGGGCGUCCCUGGCUUCGUCUCCUGGCUGGAGACGCACUCUCCGGAGGCUCUGGUGGAGAUGCCCGCCCUGCCUCGCGAGAACAGCGAGAUCACGCCGCGCGACGUCGACGUGGUCGCCUUCGACCUCAACUCGCUCGUGCACAAUGCGCUGCGGAACGCGCGCGACGAGGACCAGGCGAUCGCGAUGGUGUUUCAGAUGCUGCACAGCGCGCUGCGGCAGGUCCGGCCGCGGACGACGGUCGUGCUGGCGCUUGACGGCGCCGCGCCGAUCGCCAAGCUGGAGACACAGCGCAAGCGUCGCGCCACGAGCUCGAGGCGCGACGAGCGCAAGAAGAGCAAGCCGGACACGCGCAACAACAAGCGGAGGCCCGCGGGCGUCUCCGCGCUGGCGCGCUGA